UGCUGGGAUAAAAUGGUUAUCAACAACUCUCUCCCAAAGACUAUAACUGCAACUGAUUCCGGUGACUAUGAUGACGAUGGGAAAGCGAAAAGGACUGGAACUUUAUGGAGUGGCGUGGCUCAUAUCAUUACUGCUGUUAUUGGUUCUGGUGUUCUAUCUCUUGCAUGGAGCACUUCUCAAUUAGGAUGGAUUGGAGGGCCGUUUGCAUUGUUUUGUUUUGCAAUUAUCACGUAUAUUUCUUCAUGCCUCCUUUCUGAUUGUUAUAGAACUCCUGAUCCUGUCACUGGAAAAAGAAACUACUCAUACAUUGCUGCUGUUACAACUAAUCUUGGUGAGAAAAGGGCAUGGAUGGCUGGUUUAAUUCAAUAUUUGUCCUUGUAUGGAACUGGUUGUGCUUAUGUACUUACCACUGCAAAUAGUCUUAGAGCUAUUCUGAAAGCAAAAUGUUACCACCAAGAAGGGCAUCAAGCUCCUUGUAUUUACGGGGGUAAUAUGUAUAUGGUGGUGUUUGGACUUGUUCAGAUUGUAAUGUCAUGCAUCCCGGAUCUCCACAACAUGGUGUGGGUUUCAGUUGUUGCAGCAAUUAUGUCCUUUGCAUACUCAUUCAUUGGACUAGGACUUGGCAUAGCAAAAGUCAUAGAAAAUGGAAGAAUUAUGGGGAGCAUAACAGGAAUACCAGCUUCCAACAUUCCUAACAAGUUAUGGUUAGUCUUCCAAGCACUUGCUGAUAUUGCCUUUGCCUAUCCAUACUCAAUGGUCCUUCUUGAGAUACAGGAUACUCUAGAGUCCCCUCCACCAGAAAAUCAAACCAUGAAGAAGGCCUCUAUGCUUGCAAUCUUUAUUACAACAUUCUUCUACCUAUGCUGUGGAUGCUUUGGAUAUGCAGCUUUUGGAAAUGAUUCACCAGGAAACCUCUUGACAGGGUUUGGGUUUUAUGAGCCUUUUUGGCUUGUUGCCUUUGCUAAUGCUUGCAUUAUAAUUCAUUUGGUGGGAGGAUAUCAGAUUUACAGCCAACCAAUAUAUAGUGCUGCUGAUAGAUGGUGUUCAAGAAAAUUCCCAAACAAUGGCUUUGUGAAUAACUUCUACAAAGUGAAGCUACCUUUGCUACCUGGUUUUCAGCUAAAUCUUUGGAGGUUCUGUUUUAGAACAGCCUACGUGAUUUCAACAACUGGAGUUGCAAUUUUGUUUCCUUACUUCAACCAAGUUCUUGGAGGGUUAGGAGCCGUAAACUUCUGGCCAUUGUCUAUACAUUUCCCAGUAGAGAUGUACUUUGUUCAGAAGAAAAUUGCACCUUGGAGUAGCAAAUGGAUUGUUCUAAGAACAUUCAGCUUUGCUUGUUUUCUUGUAACACUAAUGGGAUUGGUGGGAUCGAUAGAAGGAAUCAUACGUGCGAAAAUUAGCUGAAUGGUUUAUGCCAUUCCCUUGAACAAUGCUUACUAUGUUAGAGUUUCUAGAUUGGUUACAUGAUCUUUUGUAUAAUUCAGUUUAAGGUAGACACAUGUAGGUUUGGAAUCACAUUAAAAAUAUUAUAAACAUGAAUUCAACGCAGAAGU